AUGUCGUUCGGUUUCUCCGUCGGCGACAUUAUCACAGUCGGCAACCUUAUUGCGGACAUCAUCAACUCCCUCCGCGAAGCCGGGGGCUCGAAGUCGGAGUAUCAAGAGGUUAUUCGCGAGCUUGAGACCCUCGACGGUGUUCUCAAGCACAUCGACCAGUUGAAACCUAGUAGAAGCCCGUCGGGGAGCCUCGAUUCGAUCAAGUAUGCAGCACUUAGCUGCCGGCAGCCUUUGGAGCAGUUUCUAGGAAAGAUCAGGAAGUAUGAGAAUGGGUUAGGAGUCUGGGAGAAGCGGCGUGGCCUGGGCCUUGCGAAGGAUAAGUUGCAAUGGGCACUUGGACACAAGAAGGAGAUUGGCAAGCUGCAGAGUUACUUGUACAUCCAUAUCGGAACGAUCAACAUGUUGUUGGCCGAACAUGGGCUUGAAAGGAUGGAUAUCAUAUCGGAAAAUAUCGAGGCGGAUAGUCUUCACGUUCGAGAGAGACUAGAUGGCACAAGAAGCAUCAUGCAGUACAUCAAAGACAGUGUGACAGCCCAAGCAGCUGUUAUACGAACAACCCAUGUUAUGCUCGCCAAAAUGUUCCAAAUGGUUAGUGGGGAGCUCACAACGUCGUUGGCCACGCUUGGUGAUACCGUGGCAAAAAUGUGUGUCACCACACAGCAGAUACAUGGCGUUGUCCUCGAUAUCAGGGACUCUUUAGGCGCGGUAGAUACACGGUGGACAUUCUUUCAAGCGCCACUUGCCAUAGAAGAUGCCCUGGGGUUCAAGUUUCCCUUUCUCUCCGAGUACGACUACGGCUAUCUUGAAGUUAUUCUCAAACACCGAUUCCUUGAAGGCCCUGGAUCGCUCGCCGUAAAGGACGGAAACUAUGAGGUAUUCGCAACGAGGAACAGUGCUCAGAUCAUCUCCGAGGAUGUCCGCUUACGCCCAGGAACCGCUCUAACCAUGGCCAUUUUGGUGGCUGGACCAAUCUUUGAUGAGGAGUGCCCUAUGCCACAUUGUCAUUCGAGUCGGACAAGCCUUAUACCGGAUGGCGGAAGGAUCUGGUCAGUCGAACGAGUGCUUCCGUGUAGUUAA